CACAUCUAAGGCUCCAAGGGAGAGAAGAAAAAUGAAAGGAGUGGUUGCAGCUAUACUCCUAGCCCUCGCAGUCAGCUGCCUGGAAGCAGCCCCGGCACCGGCAUGCUGCCAAGGAGUCACCAAGCUUAAGGCAUUGGCAGCCACAACUUCCGACCGCCGGCUCGCAUGCAACUGCAUGAAACAGGCAGCAUCACACUUCCAGAACAUCGACGAUGAUGCUGUCGGCAACCUCCCGAAAAAGUGCGGCACGCCGCUUCCCUUCCCCAUCAACAAGGAGGUUGACUGCUCCAGGAUCCCAUAAUUGAGAUGGAGCAUCCGUUGCAAAUUAAUAAAUUUGGGGAGGAUGUUAAUGUGUGAACGAGAGGAAUAAGGAAGACUAUUUGGACUUCUCGUGUGGAAGUCUGUUCAAAAGCCUUGGAUUUACUGCUAGUAAGCGUUUGUCAUAAAGGACGCUCUUGGUAUGUUUGUAAUACAAUAUCAAGUAAUAUAAUACAGAUUUGAAACCUUUGGUCUC